GGGCCUUGACAAGCAGCAUAAAGGGGCCGUUCCAGACGCACGGCGCACGAACUCGCGACUCCACGCGCCGCCCUGUCGGACAGACGCUCCGAGAUGGCUACUUGUGUGGAGCACCCUGCCAAGGGCUACACGGCUCUGUACGAGACGGCGCAAGAGGUGAAGACACCCAUGCCCACGCAAGUGCAAGGCCGCAUCCCGUCGUGGCUGAGCGGCAGCCUCAUGCGGUUGGGGCCCGGCCUCUUCGAGGUGGGCUCCGAGGAGUUCCUGCACCUGUUCGACGGGCAAGCCCUGCUGCACAAGUUUGAGAUCAGCAACGGCGCCGUCACCUACGCGUGCCGUUUCCUUAAAACGGACACGUACAUGCGCGCCAUGACCGAAAACCGGAUCGCGAUCACCGAGUUCGGAACCGUCGCCUACCCCGACCCCUGCAAGAACAUCUUCUCCAGGUUCUUCUCGUACUUCCAGAAGAUCGAGAUCACCGACAACGCGCUGGUCAACGUCUACCCCGUGGGUGAGGACUUCUACGCCUGCACAGAGACGAACUUCAUCACCAAGAUCAACCCCGAGACGCUGGAGACCGUCGCCAAGGUUGACCUGUGCAAAUACAUCUCCAUCAACGGGGCGACGGCGCACCCGCACAUCGAACGGGACGGCACCGUCUACAACAUCGGCAACUGCUUCGGCAAGGGGCUGUCCUUCGCCUACAACAUCAUCAAGAUCCCCCCGCUGCUGAAAGACAAGGUGAACCCCUUGAAUAAAAUGUCGGUGGCCGUGCAGCUUCCGUGCAGCGAACGAUUCAAGCCGUCCUACGUGCACAGCUUCGGCAUGACGGAGAACUACUUCGUGUUCGUGGAGCAGCCCGUGAAGAUCAACCUGUGGAAAUUCCUGAGCGCCUGGGGGCCCCGCGGCGCCACCUACAUGGACUGCUUCGAGAGCCACCACACGAUGGGGGUGUGGGUGCACGUGGCCGACAAGCGCCGGGGCGAGUACCUGGACAUCCGGUUCCGCGCGGCGGCCUUCAACAUCUUCCACCACAUCAACACGUUCGAGAAAGAGGGCCACGUCGUCAUGGACGUCUGUUGCUGGAAGGGGUUUGAGUUCAUAUACAACUAUCUAUACCUCGCCAACAUGAGGGAGAACUGGGAAGAGUUGAAGCGGAACGCGUACAAGGCUCCCCAGCCGGAAGUGCGGCGAUACGUGCUGCCCAUCAACUUCGACGAGGAGGAGUACGGCAAGAACCUGGUGCGUCUCGGAGACACCACGGCGACAGCGACACUCCGCAACGACGGCACCAUCUGGCUGGAGCCCGAGGUGCUCUUCUCUGGACCGCGACAGGCGUUCGAAUUCCCGCGGAUUAAUUACGAGAAGAAUAACGGACGCGACUACACGUUCGCCUACGGCCUGGGCCUCAACCACUUCGUGCCGGACAAGAUCUACAAGCUGAACGUGAAGACUAAGGAGCACUGGGUGUGGCAGAUCCCGGGCACCUACCCUUCUGAGCCCAUCUUCAUCGCCCGGCCGGAUGCCCAAGAUGAGGACGACGGGGUACUGCUGACGACGGUGGUGAGCCCUGGGCCCGCUGGACGCACACCGGCCUUCCUGCUCAUCCUCAACGCCAAGGACCUGACGGAGGUCGCUCGCGCGGAGGUUGACGUCAACAUUCCCGUGUCCUUCCACGGAAUGUUCAAGGAGAGCUCGAAGCACUAGGGGGCUGGUAGGGGGUACGGGGGGGUAGGAAUAGUGCGGCUGCUGUGGGGGGCUAGCCCAAUGCUCCCUCUGGUGGCCACAGCUACGAGUUGGGCCUCCCUCAUCCUUGUCUUCGACAACGGCGUGAAAAGAAAAACACUGAUGUAAGGAUGUGAUUAGGCAAGAGCAGGCGUGAUAUUUAUAGCCUCGAUGCGACCGUGCGAGACAAAUCAAAUAUUGGGGAGGGGGGGGGCACCCUGACCGAUUGCCGCACCCACUGAGCUGACAAUGUCAUUACUACGUCACUGAUAAUGUAGUUACUACGUCACUGAUAAUGUAGUUACUACGUCACUGAUAAUGUAGUUACUACGUCACUGAUAAUGUAGUUACUACG